UCAGAUUUCUCAAAGAUAUGGUUGACGAUAACGAGAAUAAGGCCGGUGGGGCGGAAGGAAGACCGGUUGGCGGAGAAUCUAGGGAGGGCCGAGGCGGACGGAACGACAGGCGUGGUGGAGGAUAUGGGGCUAGGAGGUGGAGGUGUCCGGACCCUAGUUGUGGAAAAUAUAAUUCGGGGGAAAAUGAGAAUUGCAAGCAGUGCAAUACAAGCAAAGUACUCGCGAAGAAGAUUGAUGAGCAGAGACAGGAGAGGUCGGGUGGUUGGGGGCGUGGAGGUGGAGGACGUGGACGUGGAGGAGGACGUGGAGGUGGUGGACGUAGGUUUGGAGGUCGGGGUGAGAAACAACCCCCGUCCGAUUGUCCGAUUGUCCGUAUGUUUGAAGGGGUCCGUGAGGUGCUGGAUGCCCGUCAUGAUAAGAUGGAAAGGAUUGUUAAACUGAGCCGAGAUAUCACCAUCGAGAGCAAACGGAUUAUCUUCACUCUUCAUAGGAUAAAGAGUGAAGAGGACAAGGAUAGUGUCCUCUACGAGGCCGAGGGAAAGCUGAACAGCCUCAAGAAGGAGGUCUGGAGGUACCUGGCCAUAGAGCUCAGAGGGGAGGACGAUUUUCAGUUUCUUCGCAACUAUACAGCAGGUCUUCAGGAAUGGAUUGAAGCACUUUCAUUUUAUCAUUUUAUUUGUUACAACCGUCUCAUCACGUGGGAGGAGGUUCAGAAGGAACUAGUUUUCCAGUACAGAAUCUCCACUAAACGCAAGAAUAUUGUGAAGAAUAUCUCUGAAGAGGAGAAAAUCGAGGAUAAGGAGGAAAAGGAGACUAAUAAUAAUGACGGAAAGCAAGGUGAAGAGAACGAUGAGAAAAAGGAUGAGGAGAACGAUGAGAAAAAGGAUGAGGAGAAAGAUGAGAAAAAGGAUGAGGAGAAGGACGAGGGGAAGGAAGAGGAGGAGAAGAGAGAUAGAGAGAAGGAUGAAGAUGGUAGAGAUUCUCCGGACCAGUUUGAAGAGAUGAAGAUUACAGUGCCUCAAACUGAUUAUAUUCUCGGUCUAGCUGAUCUUACAGGAGAGCUGAUGAGGAAUGCUAUUAACAGCCUGACCUCGGGAAAUCUAGAGGCUUGUUUUAUUCUCUUGACAUUCCUUCAGAAUAUGCAUGAAGGGUUUCUACAGAUCCCUGAUACCCCCUACCAAGUCAGCAAGAAGAUGUCUACUCUCAAGCAGAGUAUGCGCAAGGUUGAAGACGCCUGCUAUGCGAUCAAUGUUCGUGGAUCGGAGAUACCGAAGAGUCAUCUCGCCGAUAUAUUCGAGAGAUCGGCCGACGCCGAAGACGGUUACGAGUAGUAAAUCCGCCAAUGUUUUCAAUAUGUUUAAAUUUCCGGUUUUAUAAAAAUUGUUCUUGUCGUUAAAACCGUAAAUCGUAAACUGAAUCGUGAAAAUUGAAUCAACGGCUAAAAAUAAGCCGAUUCUUACGUUUUUCUUAUUCUAGAUCACUACGUAUUGUUCAUGAUUGAUCCAGUGAUUACCGGAACGGCUGUGAUGAAAAAUAUUUGUCCAAUUUUCACAAAUGCUAAAAAUGUAAAUUGUAAAUUUUUGAUUCGUAUAUUUUUACUCUGCAAUGCUGUUAGGUCAAUUUGAACAGUUCUCUUUUGGUAAAUUUUUAGAUUUAUUCUCUUUCCAGCAAAAGGGUUUGAAUUAAAGAGCUGACCGUGAAUGAAAAUUCCGAUUUUCUAGCGCCCCUUUCAAAUUCUAAGCAUUUUAUUUUUGAAAUUCUGUUGUGUUUUCAGAUUUGAAGGAAUAAAGAUUUAGUUCUCGUCAAA